AUGUUUGGCAGGGAACACCCGCCUCAUAGCGUUGAACUACCUGUAGGUGUUGAGGGAAUUUCAACAAAAUCUUCUGUUCAGAUUCCUAUAUGCACCGUUUGCACCAUUGCAGGAAAGACACAUCGAAGUUCGCUCCUUCACCAGUAUCGAAAACUGCUACUCAUCUACUGCGGCGAUGCCGAUGAGAAGAAAAUAGAAACCUGCGUAGUGGCUGUGAGGAAUGGUUACAACCUGGUAGAGGACCACGCCGCCAAAACGCACCUUCUGUACAAUACGGAGUCGCAGAUAACUCACACUCUAAAUCUUGACUGCUCACGAACCGUUGAAGACUACGACACUGACGGCUUUUAUGAUGAACCUGAUAAGUUGAUAUUCAAUAUGCCGAGCCAUUCUCCUCGAACGAGACGGUGA